CAGCGCGGAAUACGGCAGCACGCGCGACACUCCCCCGUUCUGGAUUGGUUAAACGGGAGGUCAAAGUUAAAAAGUGGGCCGACUCGCUCUCGAAGCAGACUUUGUACUUCCUCCCUGUGCUGACUGUAGUGUCAGACAACUCGAGUCCUGAUAUGUGGAUCAGGUCGCUGGCGGCGGGUGCCUGCGCUCUCGGUGUGCUCGGAGCUGUCGCGCGCAGAUUCGGUCCCACGGCCUCGUUUCACUCCGCUCCUAGGAAGUCGUCUCUGGUGGAGCAGACAGACAUGAAGAUAGAACUGCUGCCCGCGCUCACCGACAACUACAUGUACCUCCUCAUCGACGAAGACACCAGGGAAGCGGCCAUCGUCGACCCAGUCGAGCCUCAGAAAGUCGUAGAUGCGGUCAAAAAGCAUGGCGUGAAGCUCAAGACUGUCCUGACCACCCACCAUCACUGGGAUCACGCAGGAGGUAAUGAGAAGCUGGUGAAGCUGAUGCCGGGGCUGACCGUGUACGGCGGAGAUGACCGAGUGGGUGCUUUAACUCAGAAAGUCACACACUACAGCACUUUCAAAGUGGGCUCUCUGAAUGUAAAGUGUUUGUUCACGCCGUGUCACACCAGCGGUCACAUUUGCUAUUUUGUAACAAAAGAAAACAGCACUGAACCACCAGCUGUGUUUACAGGCGAUACUCUGUUCGUGGCCGGCUGCGGAAAGUUUUUUGAGGGGACCGCUGAUGAGAUGUAUAAAGCCCUGAUCGAGAUUUUAGGCCGUCUUCCUCCAGAGACGCGCGUGUACUGCGGUCACGAGUACACCAUCAAUAACCUGAAGUUCGCGCGGCACGUCGAGCCGAAAAAUGAAGCCAUCCAGAAAAAGCUAGCGUGGGCCAAGGAGAAGUACGACAACGGAGAGCCAACCAUUCCCUCUACGGUGGCGGACGAGUUCACGUUUAACCCCUUCAUGAGAGUCAGAGAGAAGUCCGUACAAGAGCACGCCGGGACCAGUGACCCGAUCGAAGCCAUGAAAAGCGUCCGUAAGGAGAAGGACGGCUUUAGAGUCCCAAAGAACUGAGCUUUCAGGCUGGUCUCCAUCAACACCACGCUCAUGUCUCAUCUACAGCACAAGCACAAUUAUCGAGCUGCUUAUUUUCACCUUUUUUUUUUUUUCCUUCGAGGCAGCGUAUCGUCUUCGGUGAGCAAUACACAGGACUGUUAACCCCGUAAAACAAUGCAUUUAAAACACCGCUGCAAGCAAUAGAUCAAACAAAAACGAAUUAUUUACUUUUACAGAAACUUCAUAAUAUCAUACCGGGUCUGUUUUGAGAAGGCAAGGUCGUAUUUACGUAAGGUCACGUAGGUUUUUUUUUUGGACGCAUUCAGCUUUUCGGGAACGAAACAGGCCACGAACCGAUGAUACGUGGUUAAAUGUUUUCUUAAUGUGCAAUGUUUUAUUUUGUAAAAUCAAAAAUAAUUAUUUUUAAGAUGUUAUAAACGAAGCGAGGUGUUCCAGCUAAAUUAUAUUUGGUGUAUUUUUAUGUCCAUCAGAAAACGGGAUUCGGUGAAAUGGUUUAUUUUGAUGUUUCUGAAUGAUUUUGAAUGUUGGAUAUAUGAUCGAACGCUGCACACCGGUCUCAGCUUUUCGCCUAGUUGUAGCUCAUCCAGUUAUCGUUUCAGCUGAACUUGCACUUUUUGUGAUCAAAAAUAACAUUAAUAAUUAUAGUGUUCAAACUGAAUAAAGUCUUAAUGUAAGUUUA